GUUUACAACCACAACCAGACGACUCAGGAGCAUUAACAGAAAAUUGACUUGCCUAUAAUAUCUCUUUUUAAUGGCAGGCGGGAUGGCUGUUGAUAACAUCACCCUGGACUCAGCUGAAAACCCUCCAAACCAGAGCAGCUGUGAUGUAUUCGUCUACCAAAGAGCUGCAGUGGUCCUUUUCCCUAUUUUCUACUCUGUUGUUUUCAUAAUCAGUGCGUGCGGCAACAGCCUGGUUCUCUAUGUGAUCUGCCAGAGGAAGCAGAAGUUCAACUCCACCUCCAUCUAUCUGGUCAACCUUGCACUCUCUGAUACCCUGUUCACACUGGCAUUGCCGGGCAGAAUUACUUACUACAUCCGCCACUUUGACUGGCCCUUUGGUGACUUUCUCUGCAGACUGACCACACUUCUCUUUUUUGCAAAUACCUAUGCAGGAAUUGGAUUCAUGACCUGUAUCAGCUUGGACAGAUAUCUGGCCAUGGUGCAUCCACACAAGCUGCAGUGUUUACGGAGCGUGAGGGUUGUUCGCAGGGUCUGCUGCCUGGUCUGGGUUCUGGUAUCUCUGCAGACAGCCCCCCUGUUGUUCCGCAACAUGCUGCAUGAGCGCCAGGAGAGACGAACCUGCAUGGAGUACUUCAACUUUGAGGGCUCCCACUUCACCCCUUAUCUGCUGCUUCUGGCCUGCGCCAUCUCCUUCUGCUGCCCGCUCAUCAUCAUAAUGGGUUGCUACUCUAAGAUCAACCUGAAGCUGCGAGCUGCAGCCAAGCAGAACCCUGUGACUGGCCGAUCACGGAGGAAUCACAGGGCCAACACCAUUAUCCUCCUCAUCCUCCUCACCUUCAUCAUAUGCUUCAGCCCUUACCACCUCAACGUUAUGCAGUUUAUGUCGAGAAAGAUACACCACCAGCCAGCCUGUGAGGAACUGAGGGCCUUUAAGACGUCGUUACAAAUUACAGUUUCACUUAUGAACUUCAACUGCUGCUUGGAUCCAGUCAUCUACUUCUUUGCAAUUAAGACCUACAAGAAGCGGGUGAUGAGCCUCUUUAAGGACUAUCUCUAUACUUCCGGUGCCUCCUCCAAAAUGACAGCUGAAAACAGCAGCAGCAACACCUGAGAGAAACCACAGCUGAGCUUACAUGAGAUAUGCAAGCAACCACUGCCACUUAGAAGACCUAAAUUACUCUGUUUCUCUGUACUCAAACAAGGCUAUUUUAGUCUCUCAUUUUUAUGCUUUCUUUGGAAAUGACUGACAAGUGUUUCACUAAAGAUAGUGUGACAAUUGUGCAUGUACAUAUGUAGUAGAUGUCCAUUAAAUGCAAGAUAAUCUAAUUUAAUUUGAAAAUGUUCUUCCCCCUCCAAAAAAUCUCUUCACUUUGUUAACGUGAUGAGCACAACGAUUAUUUGCUUGAGAACACUGUAUAAAAUGUAUCGUUCCAUAUCUUUUGUAUUUUUCUUUUAUAUGACGGUGUGUGUUAUUGCCUUUUUUAGUGGUAUCAUUUUUUUCAAUCAGUGUUCGUGUACCAGUGGGCUCUUUGCAUGCAUUAACCUAGAUAAAUAUGCUAAGCUUUUCUUUUUCUCUCUGUAAAAA